AUGAAGUUCUCCGUCCUCGCCAUCCUCGCCAUUGCCACUGGUGCUCUCGCCAGCCCAGCUCCUGGCAUCAAGCCCCCCAAGGCUCCCAAGCCUCCUAAGACUGUCAAGCAGAGCAACAGCUGUGGCAAUGACCAGGCUCUUUACUGCUGUUCCACCAACGACAAGGACAGCAGUGUGAACUGUGUCUCCUUCACCAACGGUGGCAUUGGGGGCGUCUGCAACGGUAUCCAGAUGUGCUGCAACAACAACGGAUCUGGAAGCCAGAGCUGCGGCCUCAACACCGGUGGCGGUACUAUUACCUUCUCACUUAGCUCUGGAGGAGGCCGCAUUCCCAUCGAGUAA